UUAUAUAUUCUUUCACAUAUUAAGAUAUUUAAAAAAAACGUAUUUGCUAAAAAAGGAAACUGAUUACACAUACGUCUAUUUGAAAUAGCAUUUUCAAGUUUGUGGUUUGGAUGAUUUUGGAAUUUCAAAAGUGGGACAAACUAGAGAAUCGUUCAACAAAACAUCAAGAGAAAUCAAAAAACGAUGAAUGUGUUUACAUGUGAAAAUAGAGAUGUUAAGAAGCUUUCAAGAAGAUUGAGAAAUUGUCUUAAUCUUACUGGUAUGUCGCAAGAUUUUAUUCGAUACAGGGUAUCAUCCUUCAAGUCAAUGGAAACAAUGAAUGCAAUAGCAAAUGUUAAUAGCGGUUGCUUAGAUGGAUUUUAUAUUGGAAGCCAAAUAGAAGGUGGAGCUUUGCUUGGUUUAGAUUCUGACGCAGAUAUGAUGUUUAUUGAUAAAGAGAUCAUCAUAAUCACUGACGUUGAGCAGUAUAGGCUCUGCAAUUUCAAUCAUAAAAGUCCUGAAGGCCAUAAAUAUAUUUUACCAAGGAAAAGUCUAAAAGAUCCUCCAAUUGGUCUUAUUCAUGACACUGAUGUAACUCCAGGUUAUGCAAAAGUUAUAGCUUUGGACAAGAAUACCUGUUUACCAGUUUCAAAUGGUAAAGAAUGUUCGUUAUCACAUCUCUUUGAAGAGAAUGCAGACGGAACCUACUUGUUUUCGCACGAAAAGUGGAAAGAGAGAAUAGCUUUAGUUACACCAUCACGGUACAAACAUGGACCUGCACUUUCAGAGGACUCUACAAAAGAGUUUAGAUCGUCUGACUUUGUUUAUGGACUAAAAUCGUCGUUUUGGCCAAAAUCUGCCGACGAAUGGAUAACUAGGGAACGAGCAUGUCAUUGGCCGCCACAAACAACAAUUGAACUCACAAAAAAAGGAUGUUUUCUUGUACCAGUUGGGCCAUUGCCAGAAAGACGGAGUACUGAAUGGAGGCUUUCCUUCACACUCUUAGAAAGAGAGUUGAUAUGGACAUGGACAAAUAUUCAGUACCAAUGUUUUAUGCUGAUGAAAAUUAUUAAAAGGGAAGUAAUUGAAAGAAACGUUCCUGAGGUUAUCUCAUCUUACCAUUUGAAAACUUUAAUGUUUUGGAUGUCAGAGGAACGGCCGUUAGAUUUUUGGAAAAAAGAAAACUUUCAUGUUUGCAUUGUGCAAUGUCUCAACAAACUCAGGGAAUUUAUAGAAAACGGAUACUGUCCGAACUACUUCAUUAGAAAGAAUAACCUUUUCAAAGGCAAACUUUCUAUUAGUACACAGAAUCAUAUAAUCACCAUUCUUCAUAAGUUUAUAAAGAACUUUUGGACAGACGUGUUUCUGCUUUCAACAAUAGAAAACGUAAUUCCCGCUGUAAAAGAUGCAGAUUUUGAUUGUUUUGCUGACUUACAAACGUCUUGUUUACAAAACACAACUUUGUUGACUGAAGUUAUCCAUCUACAUUUUAGUGUGCUCAUAAGCUUUGCAACAUCAGCAAUAAAACCAGCAUACCAGCUGAUAUCUGAUCGUGCACCUAAUAUAUCAAUAAGUAAACACGAAGAGUACCUGAAUUUAAUUUCACGCACAGAAAUGUCUGAUGAAAAAACUAAAAGCAUUGUACAAGCAUUAUGUUUUACAGUAUAUAUAAGUCUUGGCUCUCAGUGGUUUGCAAAGUCGUUAAAUACCCAGUGCCUUGAAGAGAAACAGAGAAUGGUACAAUUGGCUGAAGAUUAUAUAAGGAAGGGGAGCGAUUUUGACACAUCGUCGGGAAAACUGAAGUUGGCAACGAUAUACCUUGCUAGAGGAGACUUGAAUGCUUGUCGUCAUAUUGCACAUGAGGUUUUGUCAAAUGAAAACACCAUUUCAGUAUCUGGUUUUGAGCCUGCCAAUCCUGAAGAUAUUCCAAUGGUAUAUGCAUUACGAGUGUUACACAUGCAGCCAGACUUUACCUUAGAAAUACGAGAACGUUGUGCUUUGGAUGUCGUGUUUCUGGCAUCUGAAAUAGAACUUGCUCCUAGACCAAUACAAUUUGAAAUAAGUAGGGCUAUAGACGCAGAAAAGGAUCUUGACAUGGAUAAUCCAUUGAGAUGGGUAUCUAUAGAUGCAAAGUUCUAUGCUCUUUUGUUGAAAUUUUUAGUCGCACACGAACAAAAUGAAAUUAUUGUCAGAGACAGAACCUUAUCUGCCAUUAGAGCAUACGUAGCUAUAGGGAGUCCUCAAUUUGUGUGCAAAAUCAUGGCACUGAAUAUAGCUGGCUAUUGUCUUCAACUAGUGGGUGAUAUUGAUUGGAGUGUUGAUGUUUUUCUUGGAUCACUUCUUUUACAACGGUCUUAUAACGCUGCAAACUGGCACCUAGCGCUCUUAAUUUGGAAUGAGUGGGAAAAGUGUACUAAUAAAAGCAAUAGUGCUUGACAGGAGCAGACUUGAAAACAUUGAUAGUUUAUUGCUUAAAAAACUUUGCACAAAAUGUUAAAUCCAUAACUAGUAUACAUGUCAAUAUAUUAUGCAUAAUAUGUAUACUUAAGUUUAAUCAAUGAUAUUAUAUUUUCGAUCCUUGAAGAUCGUUCAGCACGACAUUAUUGUUGUGCUUGUGGUAUUUUUAGUUUCAACUUUUCUAGUUUGGUGGUUCCAAUAUUCCUACUUGAAUAAUGUUGAAUCACCCUUAGGAUAUGUUGCCUGCUUUUUAAAUUUGUCUUUUGACGUCUUAUCUUAGAUAUGCAGGCUUCAUAAACUCUGAUCCCCUUUCAAAAUUCCAUUUUAAUUAGUUCCGCCCAUUGUUUUCUCGUUUAGGGCACACGCUUUUUAUUGGUUGGGGACGCCUCAGGCUAAUAUGACAGUCUUCAGUCCAAUAACAAGGCAAUUAAAAAUUUUUUUAUUAACAUUAUAAUAAUGGUUUUAGAAAAUGUAAGUUGAGAAAGUAGCUAUAAAUGUGAAAAAUAUGUUGUAAAAUUAGGGAAAUGUAAACAAAGAAGUGUUUUGACUUUCAUACAACAUAUUAAUGCACUAUAUCUAUGUAAAAAGCCAAAAAGAAAAAAAAACAACAGAUGACAAAAGUUAAUCAAUCAAUUGGCCAAUGAGUAACGUUUUGGAUACUAAAAUACAAAUAAAAGCAGAGGGGGAUCACAUGACUUUGGAUAGUAAUACAAACGUCUGCAAAGAACCUUUUUACUAUACGUAUCAUCUAGCAACAUAUUCUAUGGCCUUCUACGAUAAAAGAUGUCAAUAUUA